GCUCUAGUUGUGAGAUUUGCGCGCCGCCGCUCGCUGGAGGAGAGGAAAGCGAUAGUUGUCACACAGAGGGGCAAAUAACUCACGGUUUCCAAUGAAUAACUACCCCUUCCGCUCGAGCGCCAGCUGACGGACUGCCCUGCGCGAACACACGCGGACGGAGGAGCGACGCGCGCGCGAUCGUGUGAGGAGUAUCCGGUGACGGCGGCGGCGGCAGCAGCUCCGGCCGUUCCUGUGCUCCAGUAUGGCUCAGCCGGGCUCGUGCGCUCAGAGCAGUAACGGUGUGGCCGACGAGUCUCCCAACAUGCUGGUCUACAGGAAAAUGGAAGACAUCAUCGCUCGCAUGCAGGACGAGAAGAACGGGAUUCCCAUCCGCACCGUCAAGAGCUUCCUGUCCAAGAUCCCCAGUGUGUUUUCAGGCUCUGAUAUCGUCCAGUGGAUGCAGAAGAACCUGAACAUUGAAGACCAAGUGGAGGCUCUUCAUCUGGGGACGCUGAUGGCGGCUCACGGUUAUUUCUUCCCCAUAUCAGACCACGUUCUCAUGCUGAAGGACGACGGAACCUUCUAUCGCUUUCAGACUCCGUACUUCUGGCCGUCAAACUGCUGGGAACCAGAAAACACUGACUACGCGGUUUACCUCUGUAAACGAACAAUGCAGAAUAAAGCUCGUCUGGAGUUGGCCGAUUAUGAAGCUGAGAGUUUGGCGAGACUACAGAGAGCUUUUGCACGGAAAUGGGAGUUUAUAUUUAUGCAAGCAGAAGCGCAAGCGAAAGUGGACAAAAAACGGGACAAGAUCGAGCGGAAGAUCUUGGACAGUCAGGAGCGAGCCUUCUGGGACGUUCACAGACCUGUGCCUGGCUGUGUGAACACGACUGAAGCCGACAUAAAGAAAUCCUCCCGGAUGAAGCAGCCGCACAAAACACGGAAGUCGGUGUACGGUCUACAGAACGACAUCCGCAGUCACAGUCCCACUCACACGGCCACACCGGAGGUCAAAGAGCCCACAGAGGACGAGCUACGCAACCAGAUUCAGUACUGGCAAGCGCAGUUAGACAGACACCGGUUAAAAAUGUCCAAAGUGGCUGAGAGUUUGUUGAGUUUCUCGGAGCAGUAUAUGGAGUACGAUCCGUUCUUCACCACACCGGAGCCGUCCAACCCCUGGAUCUCCGAUGACGUCACUUCCUGGGAGCUGGAGGUCAGUAAAGAGGCGGGUCAGCAGCGGGUGAAGCGUUGGGGAUUCUGCUUCGAUGAGGUUCUGAAGGAUCCGGUCGGGAGAGAGCAGUUCCUCAAGUUCCUGGAGUCUGAGUUCAGCUCGGAGAAUCUCAGGUUCUGGCUGGCGGUGCAGGAGCUGAAGAAGCGUCCCAUCCGUGAGGUUCCCAGCAGGGUGCAGGAGAUCUGGGAGGAGUUUCUGGCUCCUGGAGCUCCGAGCGCCAUCAACGUGGACUCCAAGAGCUACGACAAAACCACGCAGAACGUCAAAGAUCCCGGCCGAUACGCUUUCGAAGACGCUCAGGAGCACAUCUACAAGCUCAUGAAGAGUGACUCCUACAGCCGCUUCAUCAGAUCCAGUGCCUACCAGGAGAUGCUGCAGGCCAAGAAGAAGAAAAGCAAGAAUCUUUUCUAGGGUGUGAAUCACAGAUGCAGUCGGGCUCGUCCACGAGCGAAGCGCUUGUAAAAUCACGCAGUCACGUCGCGUCACACGUGUGUACGUCACCGCUGAUCAUUAGACACGCAUGAACACACACACACACACACACACACACACACAUCGCCUCUGAUUCUGGAGCUUCACAUGGACUUAGGUUCGCAAAAGCCUUUCAGAAAAGCCAUCGAUCAUUGAUUCCGUCAGCUCCACUUUUCUCUCGGUUGAUUUGCCUUUUGCACUUUCACUCUUUCAUCUGAACCCUUACACUUAUUUUUCUAAGAUCAUGUUUAGUUGUUUUCUGUAAGCUUUGCUUCUGUAAAUGUGUACAGAUCUGAAGAAUCAGCGCUCAUACAAUCACUGCCGUUUCAUACAGACAUGAAUGUGAUGAUGAUGAUGAUGAAGAUGAUGUACAGUGUAGAUUGUAAUGGACGCUAAUAAUAAUAACAACAAUAAUAUUUGGACUAUUUUAACACCAUAUUUGAUCACCUGUACAUUACACAUGAGCCAGCGUCCUGAGAUGAGAAACCGACCGACACUGAUCUGAGAUCUGCUAUCUGCGCGUCACAGUGUUUCAUUCGAGUUUUAUUUCAGAAAACGACUGCGAUCCAAAGAUUAUCAGAGAACGGAAACUGUCCGUGCAGGUUCUUGAGUUUCUCAUAUUAUCGAUUCUGUACAUAAACCCACAAUGACAUGAAUAAAGGGACUGGAAAUGAA